AUGUCACUUUCAAAGGUCAAACACAUCGUUCUGGUUUUGUCCGGCAAGGGUGGCGUGGGCAAGUCGUCCGUGACUACUCAGCUGGCUCUGUCUCUGACUCUUGCGGGGCAUUCUGUUGGUGUUCUUGACGUCGACUUGACGGGGCCAUCGAUUCCACGAAUGCUCUCCAUCGAAAAUGCCAAAGUGACACAGGCCCCAGGCGGCUGGGUGCCUGUACCUGUUCAUGAGUCGAGCCCUGAGCAGGGUAUUGGGUCUUUCCGAGCAAUGAGCCUGGGAUUUCUUCUUCCGCGACGUGGAGAUGCCGUGGUAUGGCGAGGCCCCAAAAAGACCGCCAUGGUCCGGCAGUUCCUUUCCGAUGUUCUCUGGGAUGAGACUGAUUACUUGCUCAUCGACACCCCGCCCGGAACAAGUGAUGAACACAUCUCGCUGGCAGAAACCCUCCUGCGGGACGCUUUUCCAGGACAGGUUGCUGGCGCUGUUGUUGUGACGACCCCGCAAGCUGUGGCAACGGCAGACGUUCGUAAAGAACUCAACUUUUGCGCAAAAACCAACCUCAAGGUCCUCGGCGUCAUCGAGAACAUGAGCGGCUUUGUUUGCCCGCACUGCGCCGAGUGCACCGACAUUUUCAGCUCUGGUGGCGGCGUCAUCAUGGCCGACGAGUUUUCCGUACCGUUCCUCGGCACCGUACCCAUUGAUCCCCAGUUUGGCGAACUUGUGGAGACGGGCAAGAGACCACUGUACCACCAGGGCACCAAGAUUGAUGGUCGUGAUAUCAGUGCAACAGCGGAAGUACAGAUUCCAGACGGCGACACAUUGGUGGAAAAGUAUCGAGCCUGCUCGCUGGCACACAUUUUCGCAGGCAUUGCCGAGAAGCUUACCACUACCAUUGCCACAGCAGGGCAGCCUUGA